CAAACCCAUUCUAUGUUGGUGGAAUUUCGCCACUAAGGUGAUGCUGAGCUGAUGCACGUGGGCAUAUUAUAAGCUGCUUUUUUAAAUACUGUGUUGACGAAGUUGCGGGCGACCGCUAGUAUGUAUAAGUAUACAUUUUAUACUAUAAAAUUAUAGAAGUAAGCAUAGGGGCAACACGCAUUUCAUAUGCCACAUGGCGAUAACACAAUAAAGUAUCUAUUGGAAACAAUAAUAAUUUACUUACUUUACACUUUAUAUUUUACUUAACACUAACAAUUAUACUUUGCAGAAUUAUCGUAGGUGAAGUGUUCCUACACCUCUGUUUUGUCCGGGACGGUUUAAUAUUUUCAUAAUAUAAUUUCAUGCUUGCUACGUGUGACAUGUUUUAUGCUCUUGGUAAAUAAAACAAUUAAAUUAUUUCGAUCCCAUGAUCGAGAUCGGGAAAAUAAUUUAUAUGGGCUAAAAAAGAAUACAUAAAAUAGGUAUUUUACUCUUAUAUACUCUGUUGUUGCAUGAUCUUUGAUUUGACGUAUAACGAUUUUUUUCUCCGAUAUCGCUUUUCGUUGCGUUGCCAGCUGCCAGCCAGUCAUCCGACUCCGUUCAGUUUAAUUUAACUUGCUGGGAAUUGUAACUUUGAUCAGAUUAAACUUAACGAACAUUUAACAAAAGAAAUGAAUGAACGUGUCGGGUUAGAGUAAGCAUUAUGUAUUAACAGAUAUUUUGCUUUCAAAAAUUUAUUAAAAUUGAAAAGACGAAAACUUAAAAAUAUUAUUUAGAUAUCAAUUAAUAUAGUGUAACACAAUGAGAGAUACGUUUGCGUCCGACUCCGUUAUUGAUUCGCCGACUCGUGAAAGUGUGAAAAUUAUUGACGGUUGUUACAAUAGCAAUAUUUUUAAAGCCAAGCCGUUUUUAAGUUCCCGUCGAGCGUUUCAGUCUAGCGCUGAGAAAAUAUCAAAAACGUUUAAAAGUGUUCGAAACACUUUCGGCAAUUUGUCGCAGCAUUUCAGAGUGAGCGGCAGGCGCAGACACAGGCUAGCGGAGGCUGGAUCUCCGUGCAAGAGUCCUUCUACACCAGUCACUAAAAAGAAGGGGUUGCUGGGCAGGAGCCCCGCCAAGCUGUACAGCCCAUUUGGCAUUGAGACCCCACACAGCCGAGACUUCCGCAUGUCACCCUACAUGCCUGACACCCCCGACGGGCUUUCACCAAAGAGACGUGUGGGUGUCAGUCAGUCAUGGCACCAGUUGGCGAAGAAGAGGCCGCGGGCGCUGUUCCGCUGAGCCCUGGUCGGCCCGGCGGCCUGCGCCCCCUCCCCCACCGCUUAGUGUAAGGUCCGCUUGGUGCGCAGGUAUCGUGUCAUUGUAUGGGACUGGUGCUACCUUCAGCGGGACACUAACAUUGUUUAUGCACUUUUUACAUAUUUAAAACCUGCUACACUACUUUUUGUACAACUUUACGUAAUUUAAUGUCUAGUAUUUUGGAUGCGAUCGCCUUUUAAAGUUUAUCAAUAAUGUUAAGUGCAAAAGGAAUUUUGUAUUCACUACUUGUUGAUGGGGAACUCGUUGUUUACAUCAAGUGGAGAAGUUUAAGGGAUAACUUUGAUUGAUGAGGGAACAUGUACUUAUAUGGUGAUAGGAAUUGUCUCAAUAAUAUUAUUAUCAAGUAGCGAGGCAUGUCGAGGCGAGGCAAAGUAUUCCGCAGAUAAAAAACUAGCAAUUCAUAACAUUCAAGUUGAAAUUCUUAUAAUAGAUGUUAAAAGCAAGUUUUCUCAAUCUUUUAAUUUUAGUAUGUUUCAUUUGUCUUAAACAUAACUCCAGGUGCUUCACUUUAUCCUAUCAGAAUCCGCUCAAUACUUGUUAUCCACUCACCUCUAUACAUGGACAGGCUAUAAACCGUGAUAUUUUGUUCUUAUUUGAUUUUCGCCAUUUUGCGGUUAGAAGCAGUGGUGAGCAGUCGAACUUGUAAUAGAGAUGAAAUCGACACUCAAAAACUUCAACAGGUGUGUUCAAGUCGGAAUUAAAUAAAACCUGUCAUUUCCCCGCAAUGACCUAUUCAUUUAUAGAGAUCAGUGUUGAUACGUCAUAAAUCGUAGGUUUCAGCGACAUUGUGCGCCUCUUGUUAUACUAAUACAUCUACUUCAACUUUUGCCUUUACUCUUCACUCAUCUUUAUCUUCUUUCGUUUUAUAUCGAAGCACUUUCCAAGGAAGUUAUUUAUUUAGUAGUGAAACCGACAAGAAAUCUUUACAUUAACAAUUUAUUAAAAUAGUUACUAUAAAAAUAUAAUAGACAAUUUUUUUUUACAAAAUAGCAAUAAAUUUGAACUGAUAAUGACCGAAGCUCGCGUCGCCCGCCCCCGCCUCUAAUGCCUUUGCGCAUAUACAGUAUUAUUCAAGCCAAAAUUAUACUCGCUUACAUUUUAACUUAGUGAUUACAUUAGGCUUCUCUGUGACAAUAUUUAUAUCUCACUAUUUAUUAUUUAUAUGGUAGCUUAAGUCUGUGCUCAGUUUUGUAUAAUAUUAAAAAUAUUUUUUAGGCAAUUUGAUGUAAAACCUGUAAGUUUAUAAGUAUUUUAUUUUUUAUAUUUUGUGUCUGUCAAAGACUGAAUGUACGAGGCUUGUAUGGCAUUGAGUGCCGCCCCGCCUUU